GGCUACUUUACAUUUACGAGCUGAAAGAGUUUGAAGUCCUUGCGAUAGCAGGCACAAGUCGGCUCUUGCAUAGAUCCAAUCAUGAGCAAUGAUCACGUCCUGUGCUUGCAAGCGCGUAAUCAAUCCCCCUGUUGUUGGGGGCCUGAAAAGUACAAGCAGAUAUCCUCUUUAAUUUUCCUUCAACGCGCUUUUUCACCGCUACAAUCACGAUGCCAGUUUCCAAUAUCGUGAUCGAGCCUCUUCGCUUUCAAUGCCAAUGUAUCGGAUUUUCUGAAUGGAUCUCGUUGUUCACUUUGUGUCUAGCUCCUUUGAUCGCCCAUCUCAUAUCCGGGACGCCUACGACGUCGUAUCUUACUGAUCGACGCCCUAAGUGGUACGAUCGGUUGUGUAGUUGUAAUCCAACGUCCAUCAUCUGGAGAUACGCUGCGAUCACCGAUCGGCGCAUUCGUGCGAUUCAGUGGAGUCGCCAUGACCUAGCAGCUACCAAUGCGAUAUUCUGGACCUCGGAUGGAUGGAAUGGUGGGGAAGAGAUGGUCACGACUUCUGCUACGUACUGCUUGCGUUAUCCAGAGAGUACCCGUGUUGAAAUACUUUCAUUGACGAUGUUGAAGACUGUCAUCACAACACUUCAGGGUGCAUCAGCAUUUUACAUACUCGUUGGUAGUGUUGCUGGGGUUGCACUUCCUGGUGUUGCUAUUGGGUUCGGCGUAGACACUCUCUUCUUCCCUCUGUCCAUAUUGGGUCUUUUGCGAUUGUGUGCUGCCGCUUGGCUUACGGACGACUUUAUUUACCAGGGAGACGGAUUGCGAGAUACUUCAUCCACGGAGACAGCAGGGCCUGUUCGUCAAAGUACUAUGGCCAAAUACGAUGACAUCGAACUCGACCAUCCCCCUAGAGCAUCUCCUGCGAACUCAUGGAGAAGCCGUUUUUUUCGCAUCGCCUUCCUGCUUGUGUUCGGCGGCGUCUGGAUAAUAGCUCUUUUCAUCAUCACCCCGCUCCCAGCUCUAGCAGACACGUAUAGAUACACGAUGACAACGUUCCUCCUCGGGAUGUUUUACUUCGCAUUCAUUACCAUAUCGCUCAUCUUGUACACCUUCUAUUUCUUUCGUGGUCAGACUACAACCACAAUCAUACCCUGCGUCUCCAGCAUGUGGUACAGGCUCUAUAGUCUUCUUCUCACGGGCUUUAUGAUGGCUCUCAUCAUCAUUGCAAGCCUCGAAACGAACAAAGAUCCCACGGGUAUAUAUACGAGUGCGAACAUGGGAACCAGAUUUUCAUGCGUAAAAGCAACGCGGUGGUUGGUAUUGCCACAAGCCAGUCGGUGGGCAGGACUUGCAACGGAGUGGGACCUUGGAGAGAGCUGGUUGUCGCAGAAUAAAACUAGCCUACCGGUCAGGGGCUUGCAAGAAACGGGGCCUUUUGCGCAGAAAGAAUUCUGGUUGUAAGUCAUACCCCUGUGCGAACUGUUUGGAUCAUACACUGACUUCGUACGCUCACUUGUUUAGAUACAAUUUUAC